UUGCCAUGGUCAUCGUGUCAACAGUUCACAAAUAUGGCUGCUUUAGUGCUAUACUGCUAUUGUGAAAUAGUAAACAAUCACUCUUGAUUUAUUUAUAUAUAAUUAUGACCAUCAUUUUACAUAAAAGCUUGUAUAUUAUUCUUAUUGCACUUAUCACUGAGGCAUAUACAAAUGUUGCUUUCCAGCCAGCAUCUAUCACAGCCUCUGGACCAAAAGUGACAGCUUUCUUAUUGGGAAACACCUCUGGAGUUUCUCUUACUCUCAACAGAGUCCAAGCGUCCAAUAUAACUGGUCGUCUUCCACCACCAUCUUGUGGACAGAGAGAUUCUGGGCAGUGGGCUAUUACCACUGAGACCUUAAGCAAGAGUGUGCUGAAGGUUGAGUUGAUCCUGAACCGCAGCCUGCAGCUCUGUGGAAACGACACGGACUGCUGUCCUCAGCCGUUGUGCGUGCUGGAGACGCUGCGGGUCUCAGCCUGCCGGGGAGACUCACAUCAGGCUGCGCUGCUGCUGCAGGCUGAGAUUUAUGCUCUGGAUCUCCCCACUGGGCCUGCUUCUUACAAUAAAACAGUGAUUCCCAACCAAGUUUACCAGCCACUAGGCCCAUGUCCCUGUGAUCUGACAGCUGGAACCUGCGACAUACUUUGUUGUUGUGAUCAGGACUGCUCCCCUGACACCCAGCAGCUGUUUAAGUCCCAGUGCAUCCCAGGACCAUUUGGUGGCUCUAUUGCUCCUGUCCCUGAUUACCAAUGUUCUGAGCAGUCCUCUAGAAAUGAACCGGAUUGGUUUCCUUUCCUCUGUGUCACCUCCCCGCCGGAAAACAGCCCCUUUCUGGGUCUCUUCUACCAGGGGGAGAUGAUCGUACCCAGGCGUAAUCCAUCCUUUGAGGGCCGCUCUCCUUCCCCUGCCCUUCCACUCAGCUCCUACCGCCAGGGAGAUCCCAUCUUCACGGAGGAUGGCCAGUAUUUUACGAUCCCCCAGAGAUCCAUGGUGGGCCAGUGUGUCAGCAACGCACCGGUAGCCUUCCUGCAGGACUUCCGUGCUUGGUGCCCAGGCCGUCUUCAGUCCUGCCCAACGUCUCCUGUGCUGAGGCUAAGAGUCAGGGAUGGAUUUGGGGGUGUGAUCACAGUGCGUGUGGAGGAGGUGCUCACCAAAGACCUGAGCCCCUUUGUGUCUGUCCGCGGUCAGGCUGGGAAACGGAGCCCAACUGAGUCCUCAUGGUUCCCUGGGAAAGUACAAGCCUCACCUGCAGAGGCCCAGCAGAACUGGAGCAAGCUGUGUGAGAAUGCCACCUUGGCCCUGGACUAUUCAUUCUUCUGGAGAGCUAAUGGACUCACGGGCAUCGUGCUCCGUCGGACCGUUGGCGACGUGCCUCUGGAUCCGGGUGCCACUCUGACAGUCUGGUUCUCAGCUGAAUUUGUGAACAAAAAUGCAUCUGCCCAGCCCAGUCCCCGCAACCCAGGUUAUAUUGCUGGCAAGCCCAUCAUCGGGGGCUCUGUGGACAGGGACACGGGGGCAGUGCGGAGGACGCCGAUCAGCAUGUGGCAGCCAGUGGGAGACGGACUCUGUGCUUCAGCUGGGAAAAAGCCUGUCCUGUUUGGAGAGAAUUCAACGACAGGCUGCCUGGUGCUCCUGAGCAUGCAAGAUCUCACCCAGUGUAACCAGCUCAGGGAGACCAUCCACAGAGGUCUGGGUGAUUUGGUGACCGCGUCGUAUGUAGCCAAGAAUGGCAACCCUAACUCAUUCAACUUGGACGAAUGGGUGAACAUUACCCAUGUACUGCUGAAUGCCACCACCCCUUUGGAAGACUCUGUUGGCGUCUGUAAGGACGUCCCCUCCCACCUGAACAUUCACAUCUUCAGCACUGUCACAGGGCAAGGCACUAGUCAUCAGAUCCAAGCCUUGGAGGUCAGUUACACCUUGUCGACAUGGAGGGUAGGCUGUGGGGGUGGAGAUCCCCGGGCCUGUCAGGACUCUGCCAUUACCCAGGGCUUCCCUGUGUCUUCUGCUGUCACAUUUAUCAACAUUCCUGCCCAAAGUCGACAAAUCAAAACCAGGUUCCAGAUCAACUAUACAGAGUAUGACUGUGACAGGAAUGACGUCUGCUGGCCCCAGCUUCUCUACCCAUUGACAAGAUACUACACAGGUGAACCCUACUCAAUCUCGCUUGCUAAAGGGCUGAUUUUGGUCUUCUUUUUCAUUGCCGCCUCCCUACUGGGGGCCCCAUGGAGACAGAUUCGUCAGGCCUGGAGCACUGCAAUUUUUUGAAGGUCGAGUAUGCCUGAGGUCGGGCCAGAAGCGUGCUUCAGUUGACUGAAGGAAAGAUGCAGGCCAAACCAGACCUGUGUCUGCUCCGAUUUAAUGUGGCUUCAUUCCUGGAAGACUUGGAAUACAGUGCAUUUCUUGUUCAAAAGUGGAGUAACUUUUGUGCUCAAUUUAAAUGAUGGCAUGACGAGAACAGUACAAUUUGAGUAUCCUCCCUUGACGAGUGACAGGGUGCACUGAAAUGGAUUUCCCUGUUUAUUUAAUACACUGUCAGGUUGCCUAGUUUUAAAUGUUUCAUUUUAUUGAAUUUUACAAAAUAAAUACAUGUUCACCUCUUUUUAGAGGUGUUGACACAGGAA